AUGCCGUCAAUGUGGUUAACAGAUUCCCAAAGCAAGUCGCAUCCGUGCCCCGUGUCACCCCCGCUCCUCUCACAUGGGGCGCAUCGCUUCCUCUGCUCAGGAGGCUUCUUCCUGGUCGGAGGUGUCAUGCUGUUCUUUGACCGGGCAAUGCUUGCCAUGGGAAACAUACUCUUCCUCAUCGGCCUGACGAUAAUCAUCGGUCCACAGAAGACGCUUCUCUUUUUUGCGCGCAAGCAAAAGGCCAAGGGCACGGCUGCCUUUUUCCUGGGGCUCUUCAUGAUCCUCAUGAGGUGGCCCCUUAUAGGCUUCUGUGUUGAGCUCUACGGUAUUGUGAUACUGUUUGGAGACUUCCUCGGUACCAUAGCCGGCUUUGCAAGGGGAAUUCCCGUGAUAGGUCCUUACAUUGGCCUUGUAGUCGACAGGAUUGGCCUCGGCAGGCGGAACGCUGACCUGCCAGUAUAA